GUCAUCUUUGAACAACUUCACUCCAUAAACAUAGAAAAUCAUUUGUAAACAUACUGAAACAAAUAUCAGCCGGCUAAAAUUUUACAUCAAUUGUAUAUUAAUCAGCUGUCAGAAUAAAUUUCAUCCAUCGAGGAAACCCAUUGAUUUAUAAUUACAGAGCAGCCUGGAUUAUUCUGAUAUUCUACAUUGUAAUAUUAACAUGAAGACAGAUAGUGGUUAUAACAUUUGUCAUUAGAUUGGGGAUGAGGUAACCUGUUUAAAUAAUCAUUCAUUGGGAUUUUUUCUUGGCAGAUUUGUCGGCUGAUGGAUACGUCUUGGGAAUAUAACAUAGUUAUAUGAUCAUUUCUUAUGUUCAUUGUUUGUAAGGAAUAUUGGAGAGCUUGGCUACAAACGGAAAUUAUUUAUUCUAUCUAAUAACCUGUGAAAAUGACAAUAGUAUGGUAACAGCUCAUUUGUCCAGGAAAUCAUCGAGAGCAAUAGAAUUAAGAUGACAACAAAGAAAUGUUCUACAACACAAGCUUCAUCUUAAGACAAUAAAAAAUUAGUUAUGCAUUGAUUUUUCUCUCGGAGAGACAUCACGCUUUGAUAACAUUUGUGAAUAUUUGUCGAUGAAAGUACAUCCUUGUGAAGAUUUUCAAAUAUUAAUAGGGAGAUGCUCUUAAAUAACCAAGUUAGUGUAAUUUGAAUUCAUGAUAAACAUACUUUUAUGGUUUGAAAGCAAUCGAAGUUAUUUAAGUGUUAUCGUCUGAUAUUUUCGUGGGAUUUAUAUUUUUGUGUAAACAUUUUAAAUUAACACACAAUGAGUCUCGAGAUACCUGAUGGACUAGGGGAUCUCUUACGAGAUUUCACAGUAGCAGUGCUACGAGAUAGACCGGGAGAUUUAUAUGACUUUGCUGUGGAUUAUUUCACCAAAAUACGAGAGAAAAGGAAGCCUAAAACAAUUCCUAUGUAUGUCAUCGUCGACGAAGAAGAUGUAGGGGAACCGGAUAAAGAAAUUUUCAAACCCAAAUUACAAAAAAAUAAUCGCUAUGCUAGAAGACAAUCAGUUUCCGCCGAAAAAUACAAUCCCGAAGAAGACGACGAUGAUGAAAAAGUAAUACAUCCAAAGACCGAUGAACAACGAGCACGUUUAUCAGAUGCUAUAUGUGGAAUAUUACUCUUUCGAUGCCUAGAGCCAGAACAGAUGCAGGAUGUCUUGGACGCCAUGUUCGAAAAAGAAGUACAUCCGGGAGAAUACGUUAUCAAACAAGGUGAUGACGGCGAUAACUUUUAUGUUAUCGAUUCAGGUAUUUAUGAUGUCCUCGUUACAACUGGUGGCAACGAAAAGAAAAUUCACCGUUUUGAUAAUAGUGGUAGUUUUGGAGAAUUAGCUUUACUUUAUAAUAUGCCUCGGUCAGCAUCCAUUGUAGCUGUAUCUGAUGGCACGUUAUGGGCAAUGGAUCGGAACUCUUUCCGGAGAAUCGUCUUAAGAAGCGCUUUUAAGAAGAGAAAAAUGUAUGAAGAAUUAUUAGAAAACGUAACUAUUUUAAAGUCCUUAGAGCCGUACGAAAGAAUGAAUCUAGCAGAUGCAUUAGUUACCAGAACAUACAAUGAUGAAGUUAUCAUUCAGCAAGGUGAAGAAGCUGAUGGAAUGUUCUUUAUUGAAUCGGGAAUGAUUCGGGUUUCGAUACAAAAGCCCGACGGAGAGGAAGAAGAGGUAGGGAGACACUCAACGGGUAAAUAUUUCGGUGAGCUUGCUUUAAUAGAAAAUAAGCCAAGGUCUGCUAGUGUUAAUGCUAUAGGAAAAGUAAAGGUAGCGUUUCUCGAGCGAGGAUCAUUUGAGAGGUUACUAGGACCUUGUGUAGAUAUAAUGAAAAGAAACUCAGAAGUGUAUAAACAGUAUAUUAAUCCAAAUGAAUCAGGAAACGAUUCUCAAUGAUAUUAUAAAUGUAUGAUAGAUGCCUUUGUUACGUAUGUUGAGGCCCUUCACAAUAGAAUGUAUUAGGUUAAUGUUAUAUUUAUAAGUUUAAGUCAUGGAUUCUAUGGCGCAAACAUGUUAAUCGCUCUUUUUAUUGAGAGAGAGAGAGAGAGAGCUUAUAUGUAUGAAUAGGAAUACUAAAUGUCUUAAGUAAUAUCCUAAUACUUCGGUGAGAUGGCACAUAGUAUAUUGUGUGCACAUUUAAUUGUGUCUAUACAUCGUAGAUAAGAAUGUUA